AUGGACGUAAACCGCACGCUCAGUUGGACGAUUUCCAAUCUGUCAGUCCGUAUUCCUAGUUAUAACAGCAACCUGUCAGUCCCUAGUUAUAAUAGCCUGGCUCAUCUCAACAGCGCCCAGAUCGCCACGUUAGUGAUUUGCACUGUAUCCGUGCUUUUCAACGGAUUUCUGUUGGCCAUGUACGUCGUCGAGCCGCAGUUACGCAGCGGCUUCAGCGUCUACCUGAUCAGCCUGGCCGGAAGUAACUUCCUCAGCGCCGUGCUGCAGAACCCGCUGGUAGUGGCCAUCAAAGACAUCAUCACCAACCAGCAGGCCUCCCUGCUCUGCGGCUUCCAGCUGACGUUAAGGACCGCCACCGUCGCCUUCAUGGCGGUGUGCCACGCCCUCAUGUGCUUCAACCGGCUGUGGGCCAUUCUGCAGCCGCACUCCUAUCGACGCCGGCACACGCGGCAACUGGCGCUGGCCAUCUGCGUCGGCACGUACACCGCCAUCCUCCUCUUCAUUGUGCCGGCCGUGGCUAUCGACGCCGGUUAUCCGCGCUCCGUAUUACUCAACCAGUGGUGCAACCUCAACCAGGCGAUCCCGGGUCUGCGGCAGUGGAAUGCCGCGUUCAAUGUGCUGUUCAUGGUAACCCCGGAAGUGUUGAUCGUGGCCAGUUGUCCGCUGAUUUUGUGCCGGCGCCGGCGCAUGCAGCGGGUACGCGCUAAACAGCCAGCGGCGCAGCCGACAGCGGACAGCAAUUCCCCAUCGGCCACGGAAUCAACACGACGCGGUGGGGGCGCCGUCACGGGCGGCAACGGAAUGAACAGCCGCACACGCCGUUCGCAGCACAGCGUACGCAUCCUUAUCGUCCUAACCAGCAGCGUCGUGGUAUGCUGGACGCCGAUGAACGCGUAUUACCUGAUGCCUAGUCUCGUCAACGAUCAGAACUUGUACCGCACCGCUAAUAUCCUCAAGAUGCUGCACUCGGCCAUCGAUCCGCUGCUUUUUAUGGCUGCCAUGGAUGAUUUGCGUGGCUUUUGUAUGCGCCGGUUGAAGUUAACACCGACGUUUCCGAUGUUUCGCUAA